AUGGUCUUGGUGGCGAACCCAGAGCGAGAUAGGACGGCGGAAGAAAAAGAGGAGAUUGCGAAGAAAUAUAAACCAGGUGAUCAGGUGCUGGUUUCACCUGGUGGGUCGGACGCUGAAUCUGAUGGCGAUGGACGACUGCUAGCGGAUGGUACGAAUAGUCGGAGAAGAAGGGCUUCGACUAGUCGUUCGGGAGAUGGUCAUCGGCAACGAAGUGCGGAUAAUCGGGACCAUCAUCAUCACAAUGUUGCUAGGCAUGCUGCUCGAACGGGAGCUAUCGUUGGGAUCAAUAAUGAAUCCACCAGACGGAUCGAGCAUCAGUCGAGUUUGCGGUCAUUGCUAAGUGCGUCGGAUGUCGAAGAUAAUACUCAAGAGGAAAUUGUUCGCCUGAUAAUGGAGGAAGGCUUGCUGGACGGUAUCGAUUUGAGUGGUCUGGAUCAGAGUCAAGAAGAAGAACUUAGUGAUCGACUUGUGCAGAUAUUUCUCAGCAGGCAUCCUGAUCGAUCACGUCAACCGCGGAGGAGUAGUGAUCAGGCAGAAAGGACAAUAGCACCGGAACAUCGUCGAUCUAGAUCGCAGACAUUGCAAAGCCAGCCCCAGAAUUCGACUCCUGUUGAGAAUACCUCUCGACGUCCGCCUGUGUCCCGGCCGCAUCUGCUAGGGGUGUCCUCUGAUCCACAUAAUCACCGAAGAAGGGCUUCUGAUGAGACACGAAGGCGUAGGACGUCGCCAACUCCAGUAGCUCCUGCGUCUACAUCUGAGACUGCUUUGAGACCAGCAUUGCGCUCAUCUAGCGAUAUCUCGAGCCAAAGACCACGUGCUUCUCCAUCGAGGCCGAGAACCAGAGAUUCCUCGACGGCUUCUGUGACUAGACGCUCGACCGAGCCUGAAGGACGUGCCUCUGAUCUAUGGGCUGGAAUUACUGGGUCGCAGCAAAAUGUUGCGUCUAGGCAGGUAGUAGCAUCUCAGCUAACGAACAGCCCGUCUACGACUACGCCUACCGAGCGCCCUUUCUCAGCUUCCGCUACCUCAUUACCAGGAGUCUCAACAAACGACACUCAGUCUGCUACGAGCAACGUGCAGUCAUCGAGUCGUCGGAAUACGGCAACACGAUCUGGACCAGCAAGGCAGGCCAAUAGGGUCCCAUCUACACAUUACGCCGAGCCUUCCAUAUCCUGCGAACGAUGUGGCAAGACUGAUAUUCAGUACGAGUUACAUAAGCGCUGUUUGAAGUGUAAAGAUGGAAAUUAUCACGUGUGUCUGCAUUGCUAUCGUGUCGACCGGGGCUGCCCACAUUAUUACGGCGUGGGCAGCAUUGGCGAGAUGAACUUCAACAAAGUCCAUCACCCUGCUCUUCGAUCAGCUGUUGAAAUGCCCCAUGUCAUGAAAUCGCAGCGUUAUCGACGGCCAAAGGAAGCCUCAACACGGGGUACAUCUGAUGGGAAGCAGAUGACGAACGACAACCCAUCCGGCAGGUUGCAGGAGGGGAUGUUCUGCGAUGUAUGCCAUUCUGCCGCCAAUGGAUGUUUCUGGCAGUGUGACGAGUGCAAUGAAUCGGAAUGGGGCUAUUGUCGACGCUGCGUAAACCAGGGACGCUGUUGCAAUCAUCCGUUAUUACCCAUUCGCCGUAUAUCAUCUGAAUCUCCGACACCGUCUCCAACCGACGUUCAUCCAUUGGGCCCUAUCACUCCACCGGUACCAACGCAAAAAGCACUGCCGGGAGGCGCGACAUUUCAAGUCUUGUCAUUUUCAACGGAAUGCGAUAUUUGCAAAUAUCCCAUCGCCCCGUCGUCAACUCGGUUCCACUGUUUGCAAUGCAACGAAGGCGAUUACGAUGUAUGCACAAACUGCUACCUGAAAUCAGUCGUAUCUGGCAAAAUCAGCAAGGAAAACGGUCACAGCGGCUGGCGUCGUUGCCUCAAGGGUCAUCGAAUGAUCGUGAUAGGCUACGAAGACCACGAAAAGGGACAGCGACGAGUCAUUGUCCGCGAUAUAGUAGGCGGUUACACCCUCAAGGACGAACAAGUCAACAAUCAAUCCCAAUCAUCAUCAUUAUCAUCGUCGGGAUCCGUCGCGUCCCCCGAACUCGGGACGGGGGAUUGGUUGUGGAAAGAAGGCAACACAAAACGCAAAAAGGCCGGUCGCGCGCGUACCGCACUAGACUCGAAUUCACCAUCAUCAUCCCCAUCCUCGCAAACGCCGGCUCCAACGACAUCAACCACAACCCCAGCUGACCGUCGCGGUGCAGCUACAAUCCCACCGGAUGGUGGCUAUGGACUGGUUCUAGGCGCAAACUGGUCGUAUUUCGCCGAGGAAUCCUGUACGGAUGAAUUGUCGUUCCCGCGUGGAGCGGAGAUUACGGAAGCAGAGAACAUAAACGAUGAGUGGUAUUGGGGAUAUUAUGCGGGUAAGACAGGGUUGUUUCCUGGGGCGUAUUGUUCGCUGGUCAGGGAGGUUGGUUGA